AUGGCGCGCCGCGCCUGGCGGGAGCUGCGCGGGGACCUCCUCCAACGAAUUUGCAGCGGCGGAGAUGGAGGCGGAGGCGGCUUUCUGAGGCCUUUGGAGCUGGUCCGCGGCACGGCAGACGCCUCGCGUCGGCUGCAGAGCCUCGAAGAGCAGCUGAAGUCCAAGGCCUCGACUUUCUGGGAGCGGGUUCAGCUCGCCUCGGUCUUGGAUUUGGGCCGCCGGCACCGGGAGGCAGCGGAGCAGCUUUCUCUGGCAGACUCGGACUUGCGUAGCGGGGCCCAUCCUCUCCCCUCCAAGUCGCAGCAAGCCGCGGCGGCGCUCCUGGGCGCCCUGGUUCAACGGCAUCUCCGCUGGGAGGAGCAGCGGAGCUCGCGGAGCUCGCGGAGCCUGCAGAGCCAGAGGCGCGGCCUUAGAGCGGCGGACGUGGAGAUCCUCCCGGGCUCCACCACGCGAGAGGAGCUCCGAAGCUUCCUUCUGCCUGGAAAGGAGCGGCCCUUCAUCUUGCGAAACUUCCGGACACCGCGCUGGGCGCCAGAGGACUUGCGAGAGAUCUUGGGGCAGCGGCGGGUGCCCAUCCGGCGCUGUGAGGAGGCCUCGGCAAAUUGGGCUGCGCUCGAGUUCGUGAGCGCCGUGCCGUUCUCUGACUUUUAUGAUGAGCACGUCCUGCCCUACCUCGCGGAAGGGGUGCUGGCACCGAGGGACAGCCCUCAGCUCUUCGACCAUUCGAUUUGGCAGCACUGUGAGGACACCCGCAUCGGGCGCGAGCUGCUGAUGCCAAGCCAGGUCUUCCCAAGGGACUUGUACACCUCGGCCUCUGCGGAAGUUCAUCCCGUGACGGGCUCGGCGGGGCCCACGCUGUUCCUGGCGCCGCAGGGGACGGGAUCCUCGCUUCAUGUCGACACGUUGCAGACGCACUUUUGGAUGAUGCUCUGCCAUGGGCAGAAACGCUGGCGGCUGGUGAGUGCAGAGGAUCUCUGCCUCCUUCGUCCGCUCUAUCUGACGGACCUGAACCCGGUCUUCCCCAGGGACCUCGACGCCCUUAAAGAGGAGGCUCCGGAGGAGGCUCCGGAGGCCGUCCUUGCGGUGUCGGAGGUCCUGCUGGAGCCGGGGGAUCUCCUCUUCGUGCCGGCAGGAUGGCCUCACCAGGUGGAGAACCUGAAGACCUCCGUGGCCGUCUCGGCUAACUUCGUGGAUGAGAGCAACCUCAGCCGCUCCGUGGAGGAGGCCGAUUUGUUGGGCCUCGUCGAGGAGACGCCUCAGCUGCUCAGCGCCUCCUUGCGCCGGGCUGGCGCGGCCACGGACCAG